UCCGGGAAGCCAAUCAGUACCCUCCCGUCUGUCUCUCUGAGCCCUCAAACCUCACCAAUUUUCUUCCCGCGCGGCAGCACCAAAUCCCCCCUUCUUCCACCGCCCCCGCCGGCCGCCGCUACGCUCCGAUCCCGACGUCCUGGUCCCGCGGUCCCCGGCGGCCCGAGGGCCGUGCCUGACACAGGCCCCGCCUCCUCUCUCGAUCUCGUGCGCACACGGCCUCACUCUCGCCUUUCUGCUGCUCUGUUCCCCCAAUCCCCAGUCCGACCAAACCCUAGCAGCUAGGGAAGCAACCGGCGGCGCGACCAUCCAACCACGCGGCGCAAGCGCUCGCGCAGGAGAAGGGCAGUUGGCAGCGUCGCAGCAGGCAGGCAGCCAGCAGCGAUCCGCGUCUGGGGAUCGAGCUCGUCCGCCGAACGCACACGCUGAAACGGUGAUUCGUUGUGCCGUUUCGGAAUACCCAAGUGCCAGCGUUAGGCGAGGAGGAGGAUGUAUGGGAGGCGUGCGACGCAGCUGCUGAAGGAGAUCGAUUCCUCUGAAGCUGGUCAGCUCGCACCGUUCAAUAGUGAUGUGUUUGAUCAGGUGAUUAGAGAGUGCAAUGAGCACAAUUCACAGUUUCAAUCAUUGAUCAGGAAAAUGGUGGAGCAGAACUUAGACAUUGAGACAACUAGAAACGAGGACCACUAUGGUGCAGCUAUCCACCAUCUUUCCCUGCUCCGUAACAAAAGAUGCCUCAUGGCCUACAUGUACAACCGGGCAGAAGUUAUUCAGAGUUUUAGAUGGAAAGUUGGACCUGUGCUUCCUCAUGAUAUUCAAGAAAAACUCCAUUUCUCAGAGAAAGAGUACUUUAAGAACCACUCUGCAGCCAUUAAGUCAUACAUAUCGGAGAUGGAUAUAGAUUUGACAGUAGAUAUGGUCCCUCCCAAGGAUCCUUACAUUCAGGUUCGGGUGCUGGAGGACAUUGGCGAAGUAUCUCUUGGCGACCACUCUGUAUCAUUGACCAAGAAUUCACUCCAUUUCCUAAGGCGCACCGAUGCUGAACAAUUUAUAUCACAGGGUCUUAUGGAAGAAUUUCUGGAGUAGGGAUCACAUAUGAUGUAUAAUAGGUACUCAUGACCCUUCGCUGGUUGGUUGUAACGUGAUGCAGACAUCCUGUGAAAAGAUUGUAUGUUUGGAAGAUGGCCUUCCGGAGGACCUGAGGAGACAUGGCCAGAAUGCACUUAUGCACAGAUGAUGUAGCUAGCUUGUUUUCACCUGGGUCGCUCCACCCUCUCCUGUGCUGCUUCCGAUUAGUGGCAUCUGUUGGUGACAUCGUCCAUAGAGUUCUAACAAUCUUAUCGGUCGAUCCAAUUUAACCGUGAGAACUGUUGUGCUUGGAGCUUCUUGACAUGGGAAAACUGGUGGCAGAGGCUGUAGCCUGUAUUGUAUAUUUGUAUACAGACAUCCAACUGUGAAAUGAAAUUCUUGUAUCUUAUUUUCCUUAUGGCA